AUGGUGAACACCACACGGAACUCGGGCUCGAGGAAACGAAAUAUCGACGACCGGCCGCAACUCAGAAGGCGCUGUCGACAGGCACUCGCUGACCACAUCAAGCAGCGAACGGGAUUGGCCAUCGAGCCAACCAAAGUCCGAUUGGCCAACAGGAGUAAAGAGUGGUACUCAUGGUCUUUUUGUCCCGAGGCGGCACAUCUGUUCUCCAAGAAUUUGAGCGAUCACAGACCUUCGGCGUACCAUGAGCUCUGCGCCGGCGUGGGCGUCAGUUUCGAGGCCGUCCCUUCGCCAUUCGUAGCCCAUGCUGGCAUUACCACCCGCAGUGAAGACGGCACACGGUCCCUCGGGAUCUCGCCGAUGCAGCUGCGGCGUGGCCGGCGUCCUGCAGAUACAGCAGAAAGAGACGAAGCUAACGAGUCAGACCAGGGGUCGGUGGCGCAGCUGCAGGAGAGUCUAGACGCGGCAGAGGCCGGGAAGAGUCUUUUGGAACGGCAGCUCGAGGCGACCCAAGCAGAGUGUGGCCGGCUUACGGAGGAACUCUGGGAGACAACGGAGCGGACCACAGCCCGCGAAAUCCUGCUGCGCAAUUGCCUGGAUAUGCUGAGCUCCAUGCCGACUUCAGUGGCCGAACUGAGAGACGAGAUCAGCGAGGCGAUUGGGAGGGACGCAUUCGGCACAGGUCGAAGCGCUGCUAAGUAG